GGAGGAAACUUUCCGCCGGCUGGUCCAUCGGCCCUUGUCCGGCCCGCGCUGCCGCGGCCUGGGAUCCGAGCCGGGCGGGCAGGUGACCGGGACCGGACGGGGCGGGAGCGGCCGGGCCCCGGGUGUCUGCGGCCGCCGGACGCGCCGGGGCCGGGCAGCGGGGAAGCGGGGCGCUGACGGCUGACAGGGGAGCUGCGCCCCCAGAGAAGCAUGGAUGCCCCCCGAAGGGACAUGGAGUUGCUCAGCAACAGCCUGGCGGCCUACGCACACAUCCGCGCUAACCCCGAGAGCUUCGGCCUCUACUUCGUGCUGGGUGUCUGCUUUGGCCUGCUGCUCACCCUGUGCCUCCUGGUCAUCAGCAUCUCCUGCGCACCCCGCCCGCGGCCCCGAGGCCCCACUCCGCGCCGGGACCCCCGCAGCAGCACCCUGGAGGCCGACGACGACGACGACGACGACGACGAGGAGGACACGGUGACUCGGCUGGGCCCCGACGACACGCUGCCGGGCCCCGAGGUGUCCGCGGAGCCCGACGGGCCCCUGAGCGUCAACGUCUUCACUUCGGCGGAGGAGCUGGAGCGAGCGCAGCGGCUAGAGGAGCGGGAACGGAUCCUGCGGGAGAUCUGGCGCACUGGACAGCCAGACCUGCUGGGCACCGGCACGCUGGGGCCCAGCCCCACGGGCACGGGCACCCUGGGCCGCAUGCACUAUUACUGACCGGCCCCCAGAGCGUACUGGAUAUGCACAGGGGCUUCGAGCUGCCCCAGGACCUUUGGACUGCCCCUGCCCACGGUGCUAUGGAGGCCCCGCCCCCACGGCUCCCCUGGUGCUGUUGGGCCUGGAUUCCCGUCCCCUGGGAGACACCCUUCCCCCGUCCAGCCAGAAGGCCCUGGGGGUAGGGCAGGACGCAGGGUCCCCAUCCCGUCUCUGGGGGACGGUUAAGAGGUGACGUGACCAAUGAAAGCUGCAUUCUCAGUGACUCAGUCUCCCUCUGUUAUCCUUCCCCCUAAUGACUCCCAAGCUCUUGCCAUGCAGGGGGCCCCAGGGCUGAGACCCCUUUACCAGGCUGACCACCUCCUUCCACCCACCCGACGCCUCAGCACACAUGCUUGCGUUCAAUUCACACAUGGCAAAAACACACACUCCUGCACCCACACUCCACCGCCUCACCACAGACGCACACACAAAAAUCAACCGCAUUCCUUUCAAAUGCAUUCCUUACCAGUAAACGCCCGGGUAC